GAAAAACCUAAACACUUCUUCUCGUCGCCGUCUUCUCUACUCUCUCUCGAGUUCGUAAGUCAUCGGAAAAAUCGUCGUGCUCUUCCUCACACAUCUAAAACAUGUCUUCGCUACGUAAUGCUGUUCCACGCCCUGCUCACAAGGAGCGAUCUCAACCGCAAGCGAGGAAGAAGUUUGGUCUCCUCGAGAAGCAUAAGGACUAUGUCAUCAGAGCUAAAGCUUACCACCAGAAAGAAGAUAUCAAAAAGAAACUUAAGCAGAAGGCAGCAUUCAAGAAUCCAGAUGAAUUCUAUUACAAGAUGAUUAAUAGUAAAACAGUUGAUGGAGUUCAUAGACCAAAGGAAGAGGUAAACAAGUACAGUGCAGAAGAGCUUAUGAUCAUGAAGACUCAAGAUAUUGGAUAUGUGUUCCAGAAAUGGCAGAGUGAGAAGAAUAAAAUUGAUAAGCUUACUGCGUCACUGCAAUUUGCGGAGGAGCAGCCUAGCCGUAGACAUGUCUACUUUGCAGAAGACAGAGAGGAAGCUAGGGAACUUGUGUUACAAGCAAAAAGCAAAACUGAUGUCUCCGAGAUGCAGAUUCCUAAAGAUAUUAAAAAGAUAAUGGAUAGAUCAUACAGAGAUCUUGAGGCAAGGAAGAGCAGGGCAAAAGAUUUGGAGAAAUUAUAUAUGGAUAUGUCAAUGCAGAAGGAGUUACAGAAAAAGGGUCGCAAACGUAAGCUACGUGAAGAUGAGAUACUCAACCCAAAUGGCAAACCAGUAUACAUAUGGAAGGCAGAUCGAAAACGCUGAAGUUAAAAAGCUUUCAUUGUUGUGUGUAGCUCCAACAUCAUGUUUCUUUGAUCUCUACUAAAGUUUAUUAAUUUAUGUAUGCAUCAAAGUUUUUUUUUAUUAUAGUUCUGUAUCCAGAAUUUGUGGAAUUUUAAAUGAACAUUUUGAUGUUGAGUUAAAAUUGCUCUUUGUUGCAUAUUUGGAGGUC